AUGGAAUUGGAUUCAGAUACUAUGCUAUAGAUGACUUACGUUGAAAAGUGGUUUCAUUAAUUUAAUCCAGUUAAUGGAAUUUUUUAAAUCUCUCAUUCAAAUCCAAAUUUUGUCAAAAGGAUUGUUUCUUUGAUAAGUAUAACGUGUCGUACUACUUAAAUUGGAUAUUAUAUACUUCUUGGUACGAUAUAAGCAAAUUCUUUUUCCAUCUUAUUUUGAAUCUUUCAAUUUUGAAACAGGAUUGGAAAAUUCUUAAUUAUUAGCAUAUAGUUAAGGGAUUUCAUAUAUAUAAGGUAUUACAUUUAGAUUAAGACUCAUUAGAGACCAUUAUGUAGAGAUAGUUAAACUAACUACCAAAUUGAAAUAUGUAUACUAUAUAUAUAUAUAUAAAUUUAAGGGGUUGGAAGUAUUUUUUAAUAAGUUUAUCAUCAAUAUGGAGCGAUUAGAACUUAGUGGGAUGAAUGGUUUUAUUAAAGUUUUAAACUCUAUAAAAUAUUUGUAUCCAAAAAGUUUGAUGUAAACAAAGCAAAAAUGUUGAAUUCAAUUUCAGAGCUCAAAUUUUCAACUAAAAUUUUAGGAAAUCUUAACUUUGAUAUUAGUACUUCUUUAACACAUUUAAAAUUAAUUUCUACAAGAAAAUGUUAAUAAGGAAAAAAUUAAAAAUGGUAGUUGUGCCUGAAAAUGAUUGUUAGCUCCCUAUUGCCAAUAUGA